CGUGACCCGGGCAUGAGCCUGCCCUGCUGCCCGUCGAGCAAACGCCCCCGGCCCGGGCCUCGACGCCCAGCAGGCGCCUGGCGCAGGAGCUGCUAGAACAAUGCUGAGGCGGGUGAGGUGAGGAGGUGAACAGCGGCCCCCGACGGACAGGUGAUCCCUGGGAGCCGGAGGCAGAACUGGAGCCCGGGCCACCUGGGUCCCCUCCCCUCCCCUGGGCCAACCGGGUACCCCAGAGCCCGUAAGGCAGCCAUGGCGACCAAUUUCAAUGAUAUCGUCAAACAAGGCUACGUGAAGAUGAAGAGCAGGAAGCUGGGGAUCUACCGGAGGUGCUGGCUGGUGUUCCGGAAGUCUUCCAGCAAGGGGCCCCAGCGGCUAGAAAAGUAUCCAGAUGAGAAGUCGGUGUGUCUCCGAGGUUGCCCCAAGGUGACUGAAAUCAGCAACGUCAAGUGUGUCACGAGGCUCCCCAAGGAGACCAAGAGGCAGGCAGUGGCCAUCAUAUUCACCGACGACUCGGCACGUACCUUCACCUGUGACUCAGAGCUGGAGGCUGAGGAAUGGUAUAAGACGCUGUCUGUGGAGUGUUUGGGGUCCCGGCUCAAUGAUAUCAGUCUGGGAGAGCCCGACCUCCUGGCCCCAGGGGUGCAGUGUGAGCAGACAGACCGCUUCAAUGUCUUCCUGCUGCCCUGCCCUAACUUGGAUGUGUAUGGCGAGUGCAAGCUGCAGAUCACCCACGAGAACAUCUACCUCUGGGACAUACACAACCCCCGUGUGAAGCUCGUCUCGUGGCCGCUCUGCUCACUGCGCCGCUAUGGCCGGGAUGCUACACGGUUCACCUUUGAGGCCGGCCGGAUGUGUGAUGCUGGGGAAGGGCUCUACACCUUCCAGACACAGGAGGGGGAGCAGAUCUACCAGCGGGUGCACAGCGCCACCCUUGCCAUUGCUGAGCAGCACAAGAGGGUCCUGCUGGAGAUGGAGAAGAACGUGAGGAUGCUGAACAAGGGCACGGAGCACUACUCGUACCCCUGCACGCCCACCACCAUGCUGCCCCGCAGUGCCUACUGGCACCACAUCACGGGUUCCCAGAACAUUGCCGAGUCCUCCAGCUAUGCCGGUGAGGGGUACGGGACGGCCCAGGCCAGUUCCGAAACGGACCUCCUCAACAGAUUCAUCUUGCUAAAGCCAAAGUCUGGCCAGGGAGACAGCAGUGAGGCCAAGACCCCAUCCCAGUGACGGCAGGGCUGGCACGCACCGACAGCUGCUGGGCGGCCCACCUCAGGGCCAGUCUCAAGGGACUGUUAGCCACGAGCCUAACAGGAGGGAGCAAGCUCUUCCCUGUUUGCCCCCCAAGAAGGGUGAGGCUGGGCCAAGGCAAGGGGCUGGCCACACCACCUGAGCAUGUGUGAGGGGCUGGAGCUCCAUGGGACUAUAUACUGUUAAUGAUUUUAAUAUAUACGGCUUAUGACAUAUUCUAUAUUAAUGAGAUUUCUCCCUUUGUCCCUUCCCGCCAACACAUACAAGUUUUCUAAUCCCGUGACCAGGCCAUGGUCAAGGCUAUUGUCAAGUAGGAGGACAGCAGUUAUCCUGUCCUGUCCAGGGCUGGAGGGGACAAUCAGAACUCAAGGCUAGCGCUGAUGGCUGGCUUCUCCCAUGCAGCUCAGGGGCCAGGAUGGCAGUUGGCCUCUCCACUCCUCGGGCUUAGAGUGGCAGAGGACCUCAAGUUCCAUUGUGCUGCUGGGCAGCCUUGUACUUGGGAGUUUUAAGCAGAGGUAGCAUCUGCUUGGAAAUGUAAGUUCAGUGUAGACUCCUCCCUGUGGUGCAGGCUGAAAAGGUGCCCUGGGGUGGGUGCUGGUGCUUAUCCUGUCCCUGGGGGGCAGGGAGGGCACCCCAACAGAGGGAACCCUUGGUCCUGGGUGUGGCUGCUCUGUGGCCAGCCAGAAGCACUCAGAAACCAGCCCUUCCCCUGUCUUCCCCUUAUGGUGCUGAGGCUCCCUGCUGAGAUGCAAUUAAAGCAAUUGAUUUUCUAGUGCUGGUAUUUAUUGACUACCGAGCAGAAGGGCUAUCUUUUUAUUCACAUCAAACCUUCCGUUGUGUGAGGUGGGGUUUUAUUUUUUGUUUCUUUUCAUACUUUAGGGUUCUGAUUUGUGGGACUAGACUUUCUUGUAAAUAACCACUAUUGAAGUUGAGGUGGGAGGGCGACAGGAAGCCUCUCCCAAGAGUCCUAGCGCCAGGGAGGGGCCCAGCACAGC